AUGUUGCUUCAGCCUAUCGAUCCUUCCUCCUUGUCGCCCAUCACCGGCAUCUCCCCCGGUUCACUCUUUCGGCGAAACUGCAAGCAGUGCCCGGGCGCCCCUACCUGUCCCUCCUGCCCCGAUGGUUCAACAUGUCAGAUGACUAGUCAAACCUGCGAUGAAUGUUCAACUACCAAAUGUGUGAAGACCUCGUCGUCCAACUCUGACAACCAGGACUCCGACUCCGGGGGUAGUAAUGCAGGCGCCAUCGCUGGCGGCGUGAUCGGAGGUGUGGUCGCCAUUGCCAUUAUCGUCUUCUUGAUCUGGUGGUUUGUCAUCCGCAAGAAGCGCCAGGGUGGCUCGGCCGACGCCGAAAAGACCAGUGCCUUUGAUGCUGCUCGUUCCGAGCGCAAAUCGACCAACUCUAUCGCCUCAACUGUCCUGACCCGCGCCUCAAACGUCAUCCAGAUCGCCUACAUCCCCGGUGUCACCAACCGAUCUCCGCCCGAGACCCCAGCCACGUUGGUGCCUCCCGUGCCUCCAUUGCCAGGUGCCACCCCUGACCAGCACUUCUUCAUGCCCGGUGAUUUGCGUGACUCGGCCUGGACGAACAACACCCACCAGAGCAUGUCUCCCACCCUGCGCAGUAGUGUCGCCACCACGGUCUACCGCAACAAUGCCAUUGUCAGUGAAUUGCCAGCACAGCAAAUUCAGCGUUCGCGGGCGGCUGUUGUCAGCAUUCAUAACGGCCCGGGGUCCAACUCUCCGACGCAACCCGCACCUGUCGCAAUUACGCCGGCGGAUGCACCCGCCGUCCCCGCCAUCACUUCGACACAACUCGCCAAAGCCGACGCGUUGCAGGCCCCGAACAGCUCGAUUGUCGCCCGCAGUGUGACGGCAAAGCCGGUCAUGGUUCGGGGUCCCUCCUUGAAGAAGAAGAAGAACCGCCUCAGUACCCCCGCCGUUGACCCAAUUGAAGAGCGAUCGGAAAAUCUGAGUAGGGCUGUUUCAACAACUAGCAGCAACCAAUUCAAUCACACCACCUCGACCUUUGACGGAAGUUCGUCGGAUGAAGAAGACGAUGCACGGCCGCCGAACCCGAGGCGAUCUCCAGACGCCACUUCGGAUCCAGGCCCCUUUGACGACCGCGCUGCCCCGGGCGGAACUUCUUCCGCCUUGAGCCAUCAACGACACUCCAGCGUGGGACAUCGCCACCGGCACAGUGCAAGCUCCAGUCACAACGGCCGAGUGCCCGCACGGGUACAAAGUCCGUUUUCGGAUGCAAAUGAGGUACCAUGA